AUAUUAAUAUUUGCUGGAUCUUUUCCGUGCUCUCGACAGUAUCGUGCUGGAUCCUCUGCCAUUUGCUGCCCACCGGAGUUAUCUGAUGGGCCCAUAAAAUUCUGCUGCCUCCCGCGCGCCUUCAAAAAUCUCCAGGGACUUCGACCACCUCGGCCAUUUCCGAGUGUCUGGCGAUUCUCGUCCGAUUCCAGGUGUUUUACGUUGAAAUCUGGAAUUCAACCUGGUAGGAUCAGCUAUCGUGCACUAUCGUCCACUAUUCGGCGGCUCAACAUUGCCGGGGGCGGGAUUCCUGUUUGGUAUAAAGAUCCAAGAGUUCCGUUGGUUCAUUCUCCUCUCUCGGACGAAAACGUCGUUUAUGCUGUUUCUUGAUUCGUGAAUUUUAAACAUGGCAUUGAUACAUCAUCGUCGAUCUCUUGGCGAUCUCUGGUGGAGGAAGUCUGCCGGGAGGAUCGCGUUCGGGUUGGUGGCGUUCGUGAUCAUCACCGUCCUGCUCAAAGUCUCGCUGCGGUCUCCGAGCGAGCCACUGAUCGCUGGGAACAGUCCUCUGGUGGAAUUGACAUUGUUGCAGGAUGCCGAAUCAAAAGGAGCAGUUUGCCUAGAUGGAAGUCCACCUGCUUAUCACAUUCAAAGAGGGUAUGGAUCUGGCUCAAAAAAUUGGCUUCUUCAUAUAGAGGGUGGUGGAUGGUGCAAUACCAUGGCAUCAUGUGGUGCACGCAAGAUGACUAUCUUAGGAUCUUCUACACUUAUGCAACCUGUUGUCUUUUCUGGAAUUUUAAGUGGUUCUCCAUCAGAAAACCCUUAUUUUUUCAACUGGAACCGGGUCAAGUUACGUUAUUGUGAUGGUGCAUCUUUUGCUGGAGAUGUUGAACAUGAAGUUAAGGACGGAUCGAAGCUUUUCUUUAGAGGGCUGAAAAUCUGGCAAGAGAUCAUGAAUGAACUUCUGUCAAAAGGUCUAGCUGUUGCUCAAAAGGCUUUACUUUCAGGGUGCUCUGCUGGAGGAUUGGCAACCUUUCUACAUUGUGACGACUUUCAAUCACUGUUGCCCAAAGAUGCCACUGUCAAAUGCCUUGCGGAUGGAGGCUUUUUUCUGAAUGAAAAGGAUAUUUCUGGAAAGAGCACUAUGCUGACCUUCUAUCAUGAAGUGGUCACGUUGCAGGAUGUAGCAAAAGUUCUUCCUAAUGGUUGCACCUCUAGAAAGAAACCCUCUCAGUGCUUCUUUCCUGAAUCCAUCAUUGAAAGCAUACGGACUCCACUAUUUAUUGUCAACCCAGCUUAUGAUUUUUGGCAGAUACAAAACGUUUUAGCGCCAGAUUCAGCAGAUCCAAGUCAUGAAUGGGACAAGUGUAAGCGGAGCAUUGACAGUUGUACAGGAGCCCAGAUAAAAGUAUUGCAAGAAUUCAGGAACAAGCUACUCACUGCAUUGAAUGAAUUGCCAAAAUCUAAAUCGAGAGGCCUGUUUGUGAAUUCUUGCUUUGCACAUUGUCAAACAUGGAUAGGUAGCACAUGGCAUUCAGCAGAUUCACCAAGAUUGAGUAACAAGACUAUUGCUGAAGCUGUUGGAGAUUGGUACUUUGACAGAGAAGAAGUGAAGCUAAUCGACUGUCCAUAUUCAUGCAACCCUACUUGUCACAACGCAAAUCUUUUAUAACAGCUGCUUUCAAGUAUUGUUUUUUUGCCUAAGGAGAUGAAUGCACACUGAGAUUUCAAGUACUUUCUCUAAACAAGGCAUCUCUUGACCUCCAAGGAUUAUUCCAAAUCCUGAACCACGAGUGAAGUGCUAUAUGAAUUAAACAUGUGGUGCUUCAAGAGGAGGAUAUAUCACUGGCUCUGUACCUAUCCAUGUCAAACACAAUGAAAAGGAACAACUUGCAAAACAUUUGCUGAUUUGUGCUGAUGGACCAUCUCAGUGAGAGGCAAGUGCAUUUGCCAGAGACUAGAUAAUAUUCAUUUUUCAUGUACAAGUGAAUUCUAUCAUCUGGAAUGACAAUGAAAAUACAAACACCAAUUGUGCUAUAGCUGCUUAGAACCUUUUUGCUC